CUUGCAUCAUGGUGUACAACAUCUUGAGCAGUUUCAGCGACAAUUUGUCGAAAGGGGAGGACGAGACGGAUAAGCCGGAGAAAAAUGCGGAUAAUCCACGGCAACCCGUUAAGUUGACAAUGAAACAGGGGCUGUUAAUGAAUCAAGUCGUUUCCACUUAUGUGCUGAGCGACGUCGAAAACGAAUUGUGCAACGACCACUACCGCGAGUACAAAAUUGGGUUGAGGGCGUUCGAACCCUGGGCAUUAAAAAUGUUCGAUUCGUCGUCGAAGCUGCAAUCGGGGAUUUUGUACGGCAAUCUGGUGGAGUUCGGUGGUUUUGAUCAGUGCCUAAAAAUUUAUUACGAAUCGGAAUUCGGGCCGAUCAGAGGGAAAUCCUGCACCUUCAGAGUCAAGCCUGAUGAGAAACUCAUGAGGAUCAUCUCGGGAUUUAACAACGUUUCAGAACGAAGAUUUGAUAAAAUCAAAGAGAGUGUGAUUGAAAACAGUCAGUUGAUGUUUACCGUUUGCGUGCCAGAUUCUUGCAUGGCUAAAGACAUUUUGCCCUACUACAACAAAACAAUUACGGAAUUAACUCAAGGAAUCGCUGUUAAAGUGUCAUUAGAGGAGGAAUACUGUACUUCAGCUACCGACAAGCUACACAUCAAAAACUAUGAAUACAUUAUUAUAUUCAUUCCAAUUGCGAUAAUGUUAACGGUGGUUUUGACAACCCUUAUUGAUUUUUUUGCCUCGGAAAAUAUCCGUUCGAACUGGAUGAUCAGCACGUUCUCAGGUCGGGCAAAUUUCAAGCGAAUGCUGAACACCAGAUCACAAUCCGGGGAGUUGGACUGUUUGCACGGCAUCAGAUUCUUGAGCGUCUGCUACGUGGUCAUCGGACAUCGAUUCAUGGCUUCCAUGAUUUAUCCGUCCGUCAACUCAUUUUAUCUUAUUGAGUGGAUUAUGGAGUAUCCGAGUACGAUUAUAAUCGGAGGAACAGUCUGCGUCGAUACGUUUUUGAUGAUCAGCGGCCUGUUGGUCACCUACACGUUCUUCGACUACAUGGACAAAUACAGAAAGUUCAACCUAUUAUUCUUUUACAUUUACAGAUACGUCAGGAUAACGCUUCCUGUGGCGAUGGCCGUAAUAUGGCACGCUUAUUAUUUACAAUUUUUGGGCGCCGGUCCCUUGUGGUACGACGGAUUGAAGAGUCAAUCAAUCAACUGUCACCUGAGUUGGUGGGGCUCCUUGUUGCACCUUCAGAGCUACGUCAACCCCAAAGAAAUGUGUAUCGUUCAGACUUGGUAUUUGACCGUGGAUAUGGUUAUGUUUUAUUUGUCGCCUUUGAUAGUUUAUCCAUUGUGGAAGUGGCCGACUUUUGGUUACCUCAACUUUAUCCUGUUCUAUCUGGCGUCGAUCGCUUCCAGCUUUUAUGUCGCGUGGAAAAGACAGUUCAUUGGAGGAAUGCCUUUAACCGCCACCCUCCUCAAAACUGAAUACUUCCAAAAUCACUACAUAACACCCCAUACAAGAGGAACAACAUAUAUACUCGGACUGGGAUUCGGUUACAUCCUGCAUUUGACUAAAAAUGAAAGAGUUUUCAUGUCGAAACCGACCGUGGUUAUUGGCUGGUUUCUCUGUUCAGUUAUGUUAAUUGUUCCGGUUGUUGGCUCGCAUGUGUUUCAGGACGAAGCUCAUCCCUACAAUCGAUUCGAAUCGUCAAUUUUCUUGUCGUGUUCCAGAUCUGCUUGGUGCUUUGGUGUUGGUUGGCUCAUUUGGGCUUGUGUCAACGGUUACGGAGGACCAGUUAACACAAUAUUAGCAGCAAACGCCUUUAAAAUUUUAAGUAGGACCAGCUACGGUAUUUUCCUGUUCCAUCUAACCAUACAAAUGUUACUAGGAUCUGCACAAAGACAUCCUUAUUAUUUCACCAACUUUCAAAUGAUGUAUCAGUCGUUUUCCGAUUUGGUGCUUAUGAUCUUGUUCGGUUUCAUUUUCGCCUUGUUUUUCGAACUGCCUUUUAUUAAGUUGCAGUCCGUUUUCAUGUCAAAGUCGAAAGUGGCACAAAAACCUGACAUUCCAAAAAAGUAUAACAAGUAUUAAAAUAUAAUUUUUUAGCUUUUUACUGUAGGCUUAGACAUUUUAUGGUAUACAAUGUAAAAAGUUAUAAAAGUUCAUAAAGCAAGAGAAUUUA